CGCGCCUGCGCAGACAGCGGCUCCGGGCGCCAUGUUGGCUGAGCAGCAGGCCAGGGGGAGGUGGCGUUGGUGGUGAGCGCUCCCGAGUCUUUUGCUCCCUCCCCCCUCCUUUCCCCCCACCCGCCAACCUGCUCCCCCUCUCUCCUCCUUCCUCCCUUUCCCUCCGCUUCGCCCGCCCGCAGGCGGCUGUGACGGAGCGGGGCGAGGGAGGCGCCCCCUUCUCCGGGUGGCGGCGCACCAUGAGUGUUGGCGGGGGACGGGUGUGCGACCUGUCCCGCAGGAACCCCCAGGAGGACUUCGAGCUCAUCCAGCGCAUCGGCAGCGGCACCUACGGCGACGUCUACAAGGCUCGGAAUGUUAUCACAAGUGAAUUGGCUGCGAUUAAAGUAAUAAAGUUAGAACCAGGAGAAGAUUUUGCUGUAGUGCAGCAGGAAAUCAUUAUGAUGAAAGACUGUAAGCAUCCCAACAUUGUUGCUUAUUUUGGCAGCUAUCUCAGACGUGAUAAACUGUGGAUUUGCAUGGAGUUCUGCGGAGGUGGUUCAUUGCAGGACAUUUAUCAUGUGACUGGACCUCUUUCAGAACAGCAGAUUGCUUAUGUUAGCAGAGAAACGCUACAGGGAUUAUAUUAUCUUCAUAGUAAAGGAAAAAUGCACAGAGACAUAAAGGGAGCAAACAUUCUUUUAACUGACAAUGGUCAUGUGAAAUUAGCUGACUUUGGAGUAGCAGCACAAAUAACAGCUACAAUUGCCAAAAGGAAAUCUUUCAUUGGAACUCCAUAUUGGAUGGCUCCUGAAGUUGCUGCAGUUGAAAGGAAAGGUGGAUAUAAUCAACUCUGUGAUCUUUGGGCUGUUGGAAUAACUGCUAUAGAACUAGCAGAACUUCAGCCCCCUAUGUUUGAUUUACAUCCUAUGAGAGCACUCUUUUUAAUGACGAAAAGCAACUUUCAGCCUCCCAAGCUAAAGGACAAAAUGAAAUGGUCAAAUAGCUUCCAUCAUUUUGUGAAAAUGGCACUUACAAAGAAUCCUAAAAAAAGACCUACUGCUGAAAAACUAUUACAGCAUCCUUUUGUUACUCAGCCCUUGAGUCGAACCCUGGCUAUUGAGCUUUUGGAUAAAAUGAAUAAUCCGGAUCAUUCCACUUACCAUGAUUUUGAUGAUGAUGAUCCUGAGCCUCUUCUUGUGCCUCAUAGAAUUCACUCAACAAGUAGAAAUGUGAGAGAAGAAAAAACACGCUCUGAAAUAAACUUUGGCCAAGUAAAAUUUGAUCCACCUUUAAGAAAGGAGACAGAACCUCAUCAUGAGUUUCCCGACAGUAACGAUUUUUUGGACAGUUCUGAAGAAAUAUACUACACUGCAAGAUCUAAUCUGGAUUUGCAACUAGAAUAUGGUCAAGGCCCUCAAGGCAGUUAUUUCUUGGGUGCAAAUAAGAGUCUUCUAAAAUCAGUUGAAGAAGAACUGCAUCAGCGGGGCCAUGUGGCACAUUUAGAAGAUGAGGAAGAAGUGGACAGUGAUGAUGCUAAACAGACAUUAUUGGAAUUUUGGAAAAGACAGUCAAGGAGGCAAAAUGUGACUUCCCAGCAGUAUGCAGGGAGUCAAGCCAAUACUUUAAACCAAAGUUCUGGCUCAACUAUGAAGGUUAAAGUGCCACCUCCUUUACCACCAAAGCCUAAAUCCAUCUGCAUACCACAGGAGACGCACUCUUCUGAUGAUAAUCAAGGAACCAUCAAAAGAUGCCCUGUUUCAGAGAGCCCUGCAAAAUCAAACACUCAAGUUCCACCAAGACCACCCCCUCCUCGAUUACCUCCGCAGAAAUCUAAUGCUUUAGGAAAUGGAUGGAAUUCUGUGCAAUUAAAUGGUGACAGAGAAGGAUCUCCCCAUCAAGAGCCAAAUGAGAACAGGCACACUAAUCUCUCCAGGAAAGAAAAGAAGGAAAUACUGAAACCAGUUAGUAAUGGUCUUCCUCCUACGCCACAAGUGCAUAUGGGUGCUUGCUUUUCAAAGGUUUUCAAUGGAUGCCCCUUAAAAAUUCAUUGUGCAACUUCAUGGAUAAAUCCUGAUACAAGAGACCAGUACUUGAUAUUUGGGGCUGAGGAAGGCAUUUACACAUUAAAUCUUAAUGAACUCCAUGAAACAUCAAUGGAACAGCUGUUUCCCCGACGGUGCACAUGGCUGUACGUCAUGAACAAUUGCUUGUUAUCAAUAUCUGGUAAAGCUUCUCAGCUUUAUUCCCAUAAUCUGCCAGGACUGUUUGAUUAUGCAAGACAAAUGCAGAAGUUACCUGUUGCUAUACCAGCACACAGACUUCCUGACAGAAUACUGCCCAGGAAGUUUGCCGUUUCUACAAAAAUCCCCGACACCAAAUGGUGUCAGAAGUGUUGUGUGGUGAGGAAUCCUUAUAGUGGACACAAAUAUCUUUGUGGAGCAUUACAGUCUAGCAUUGUUUUAUUAGAGUGGUUUGAGCCAAUGCAGAAAUUCAUGUUAAUUAAGCACAUAGAUUUUCCUGUACCUUGUCCACUGAGACUCUUUGAAAUGCUGGUAGUACCUGAUCAGGAAUUUCCUUUAGUUUGUGUUGGUGUAAGUAAAGGGAGAGACUUCAGUCAGGUGGUGAAGUUUGAGACUGUCAACCCAAAUUCUACCUCUUCUUGGUUUACAGAAACAGAUACUACACAGAUGAAUGUUGUGCAUGUAACACAAUUGGAGAGAGAUACCAUUUUAGUCUGUUUGGAUUGCUGUAUAAAAAUAGUAAAUUUGCAAGGCAGAUUAAAAUCUAGCCGAAAUCUGUCCUCAGAACUCACUUUUGACUUCCAAAUUGAAUCAAUAGUUUGCCUCCAAGAUAGUGUUCUGGCCUUCUGGAAGCAUGGGAUGCAAGGCAGGAGUUUUCGAUCCAAUGAGAUCACACAAGAAAUUUCUGACAACACAAGAAUAUUCAGACUCCUUGGAUCUGACAGAGUUGUGGUACUGGAGAGUAGGCCAACAGAUAACCCUACAGCAAAUAGCAACUUAUACACCUUGGCUGGUCAUGAAAACAGUUACUGAGAGGCACCAUGCAUGGCAAUUAAUCAUGAAAAGAAAACACUACUGCUUCAACACUUACAGAUGGCUAAAAUUGCACAAAAGCUUCAGUACCCCAACUUCAGUUGCUUUGUAAUUUAUUGUGGUGAGUGAGAGAGCGCAAGAAUCUGACCUGAAUGGAAUGGACACGAUUAGCACAUUUAUACCACAAAAGUGCUUGAUUCACUAUAAUGUAAUCUUUGUACAUAUAUGCAGUAUUUUUCAGUGAAAUGUAUUGCUGAAGGCCUCCCUUGGUUUUAUGUAGAUAGUGGUCCAGUGUCUUAUUUGUACAAAUGUAAAAAAGCUACUGAAGAUAUUAAAUUGCAUUUGGGGUACUAUUUUAAGGACUUCAAAAAAAUUGGAUGCUAGUGAUAAACACAGCGCAUUUAAAUAACACUAUUGUAUUUUAUUAUGUAAUUUACUAAUACAAAUAAAUCUUACCUUUUAGACAUUGUAACCAAGGCUGUAAUCCUAUUACAAUCUUGUUUUUAAUUUUACGCAAGUACACUGGUGUUUUGGUUGCACAAAGUAUUAAUAUGUGAUGUAUUUAGUCACAAAAGUAAGCUGUGACUUUGUGGAUAUGAUUUGGGCUUCAUAAUUUUGCAGGGUUUGGGGGUAGUUUUCUUUGUGAAACCAUCCAGUUGAAUACCUGUAUUUUUAUAUUUAAGGAAAUUCUUUAAUUAUUAAUAGUGGUACCUUGGCAUAAUUAUAAAUGUAUACAAUAAGAAUUAUGAGUUUUUCUUAACUCAUGCCACUCAUAUCAUGUCAAGAAUUACAGGAUUAAACAUUGUGGAAGUGGUUAAAUGUGUUGGGCUGGAUCUAGAGAUGUGCAAAAGGCUGCUGUUUACAACUGAUAGCUAGGCAGUACUUUGUAGAUAUUCAUUAGCAGUUGUACUGAGAUGAAGGUAUGCAUUUGCCCUCUUAAGAUACAAAUAACUGGCCUGGGAAGACAGAAUAUCAACACUGAAUUGACAUUAUAUCCUUGUGAAACUUCAGUGCUUCUCUGCCAUUUAGCGUAGGAUAGCUCUGUAUCAUGGGAUCCUCUAUUGGUUUCCAUGUGCAAAAGCAGUUGAUCAGUUCUUGAUCCUUCUACAAUGAGAUUUCAUAGGCAAGUGGCUUUCAAACUAUAUUCCAGGGGACUCUGGGGUUCCCCCAUAGAGAAAUUCAGUAGUAGCAGAAAGCUUUCUUGUAAGAUAGCGUGCUCACCAUGACUGAUCUUCCCCUGCCAUGCACAGUCUCAGCAGAGGGUAAGAGAUGCUCUUUAAUGUCUUCUCAGUACAUGCAGGACAAUAGCCAGAAUGGUGAUGUGGUUAGUGUGUUGGACUAGGACCAGGGUGACCUGAGUUCAAAUCCCCAUUCAGCUAUGAAAUUCACUUGGUGACUCUGGGCCAGUCCCUUGUCUCUCAGCCUAACCUAUUUCACAGGCUUGUUUGUGAGGAUAAAUCUAAACCAUGUACACCACUCUGGCCUCCUUGGAGGAAGAGCGGGAUAUAAAUGAAAUGGAUAGGUGGAUAGUAAGGCUUGGCUGGCACACGCAGCCCGUGUAAACUGAGUGCACACUCUACGAUCCCUCUGCAACAUAUAAGGUUUGUUGGCAGACAAGAGGCAGUCCUCAACAAAGGUUUGUGGGUGGGUGGGUCUCUGUGUGUGUGUGGGCAGGAAGCUUGAAAAUCACUGCUAUAAGGUGUUGCACAUGUGGAACAACUACCAUGCAUAGAAGAAGAUUGUUAGGUCAAGUAAUUGUCUUAAUUUAUCUUGGGGUUUUUUUAGUGUUAUGAUUUUUUAAAGCAUGUAUGGCCUUAUGAACACUUUUAUUUUUCACUUUCCCUCUUAAUGUCUUAACACCUGGCCAAAAUGAUUUAGUUACUACCUCAUUCAAGCAAUUUAAUGGUGGUUACACAUCACAGGAACUUGGUUUUGAGCCAGCUAUUUUUGAUUUGUGGUUUUCCAGUGCAGUAUGUAAAUGCCAAGUUAAAAAAAAUAAUCACAUAUUGCCCCCUUUUUGUAUAUGUUCUUUAUACUGUGAUAUACACUAAAAGCAAAACAUUAAAAGUGAUUUUGUGGCCUGUACUGAGGUUGUUGGUAAUGCUUUUGAAUAUUUCCUAAUGUAUAUAAUGUAAAAUAAACUUUUUUAACGUGUGUGUUUGUACACAUGAAUUACCAUUUCUGCAAUAAUUUUCUGAAGCAAUUAAACACCUGCCAACUGGGGGAAGUUUUUCUGAACUUAAAUCAACAUAGAUUGCAAUAAAAAAUGUAGCAAGACUAAAAAAGUGAUUGCUGUUACUACAAUUACAUUGCACCAUAUAUUUUUUUAAAGGCUUCUAUCUAGCCUGAACAAAAACAUUUAUGACCGAUUUACUGACAUCAGGCUUAACCAAUUGUUAAUGGUUAAUAGUCUUGAAGAAGAAGAAAAUACGUAAUUGCCUAUGUUCCUGUUCUAAUAAAACGGGUUAAUUUUGCCACAAUUCUGUGGUGUUGCACAUCCAUUUUCAACCAUAGGUGGGGAGAUUUUCUAAUAAAGGUCUUUUUUGGUAACAUAAUUCCAACUUACAUUCUAACUAACACUGCAUAUGUGCUUCACACAUCAUCAUGCAUGCAGUGCUUCUGCUGGCUGUACUUUCGAAGCGCAAGUGUUCUUUCACAAAAGCGUGGAUAUUUCAGAGCUCUCCCAGCACUCCAGAAGUGCUCUGUUAGACCAGAAAUACAUCUACAGGUGUCAGCCAGUAAAUAUUAAAGUUUUCAAUGAGAAUCAAUUUGAGAAAACAUGAGUGCAUUAAUCUGAAGUAUACUUUGAUAUUUCUGUUAUACUGUAUAGUCCAAAUGUAAUUAUUUCCUAAUUUGGGUUUUGAGAUUUGUGUAUUUUCUAUGCUUUAACCAGCAUUCAAGACUUGCUAGUUUAUUUUACUUAUAAAUAUGCAUGUAAAAGAGGAAUUUAAUAAUGUAUUAAAGAUGUCUUCACUGUGA